UCCCGGGUCCCCUCACUCCCCCCCCAUUCCUGGUCCCUUCACCCCCCCUAAAGCUGGGAUGCCGCAUCCGCCUUCAUGGGGCCCUUCACCCCCCCCCAUAGCGGGGAACCCGCCCCCUAUCCCUGGUCCUCUCACCCCCCAUAGCGGGGAACCCCGACCCCCCAUUCUGGGGCCCCUCAGCCCCCCCCCCAUAGUUGGGAUGCUGCAUUUCCGAUCCCGGAGGCCCUUCCCCCCCCAGCGGGGGAGCCCGAAGCCCCUCCAACUUUCCCGAUAGCAGGAGCCUGGAUUCCCCCUCCUCUCCAGAGGCCCUCAGCCCUUGCCCCUGAUAGCAGGGGCCUGGACCCUGAUCCUCUCCUGGGGACCCUCACUUCGUGUCUGCUGGGUCUCUCUCAGGGUGGGGCUUAGGGAUCUGGGGAGAGAACCUCACUGAAAUGAACAUAUCUGCUGUUUAUUUCUAGAAACAGGCAAGUGGCCCUUCUCUUCUGCGACCUAUUGAGAAUGCCAAGCAAAAGCAUGGGAAUAAUUUAAUAUGAACAUGUAACUAGACUAUCUACCAUUGACAUGAAAGAUCUACAAGAAUAGAGGCUUUGGUUACUGUGAUUUGUUUGUAAAGUAGCCAUUCGAUCAAGGUGCAUUGAAGGAUGAAGAGCAUUGAAGAAUAUUUCUAGCCCUAUAUGGUGAAACACAGAUGGGAAGAACAAGGCUUUUCCUGCAAGAUUUUAUCUAUAUUUUGGAACUGGACAUUUUUUUACUUGGACUAUCUGAUUCCCAACCACCCAUGUGUUUUCUCAGCUAAAUUCACUGAGGGCUGGGGCAGCAGGAGGAAUUGGGUGACUCGAGAUGGGAAGCCUAACUUUGAUUAUCUACUGCAGCAUUUUGGGAAGGCUGUAGUACCUGUUGCCAACUGUGAUGUCAAGGAAUACAAUUCUAAUCCAAAGGAACAGAUCCCUCUCAAGGAGUACAUAAGUUAUUGGAAAGAAUACAUUAAAAAAAACUACCAUUCACCCCGGGGAUGCCUCUACCUCAAAGAUUGGCACUUGUACAGGGCUUUCCCAGAACAAGAUGUUUAUACAACCCCCAUCUAUUUCACUUCUGACUGGCUGAAUGAAUACUGGGAUGCCAUAGGUCUGGAUGAUUAUCGAUUUGUCUACAUGGGACCUAAGGGUUCAUGGACUCCUUUUCACGCCGACGUCUUCCGCUCCUACAGCUGGUCUGCCAAUAUCUGCGGGAAAAAGAAAUGGCUGCUCUAUCCCCCUCGGCAGGAGUACCACCUUCGAGAUCGCCAUGGUAACUUGCCCUUCGAUGUCACUGCGCCUGGUCUGCAGGACAGCAGCAUUUACCCACGCUAUGCCCAAAGCUGCCCCCCCGUUGAAAUCAUCCAGGAAGCAGGGGAGAUAGUCUUCAUCCCUAGUGGAUGGCACCAUCAGGUGUACAACCUGGAGGAUACCAUUUCCAUCAACCACAACUGGGUGAAUGGCUGCAACGUGGCUAUCAUGUGGAGCUUCCUACAGGAUGAAUUAGCAGCCGUCCAACGGGAAAUCAGCGAAUGGAGAGACACUAUGGAGGACUGGCAUCUACAAUGCCAGGUAAUCAUGAAAUCUUGCACAGGCAUAAACUAUAAGGAGUUCUACAACUUCCUUAAGGUAAUCGCGGAGAACAGGAUUUCUGUCUUAAACCACGUUCUAGAUGAAGAAGCUUCCGCAAAGAACACUCACAGAGCUGCCACCUCCGCUCUAGGCAUGCUCCAUGCGGUGUUUGAUUUAAAAAGGACUGUGCAAGUUUUAACAUCCUUAAAUGCUAAUGAAGAUUUCAAGAAACUGAACCCUAAAUCGCUGUCCCCACCUCCCGAGGCAUUACUACACCACCUGAAAGCCGCAAUAGACACAGCACUGUUAUAGUUCCAUAUUUAUUCAAGUAUUUGUACCUAUUGCAACAUAGCUGCAUGUAGACAAAUCAUAAAAAGUCUCCCUAUUUUCCCCCUGUUAGAAUUUAAGCACAAUGAGCCUUAAUGUAGAUGGGGAGGACGCAGAUAUAGUAUCAAGAGAAAAAGCAUGUUAGGAAACUGAGUACACUACAUUAAAUUUCCUGUUUAUAUUGAAACCACUCUAAAAAGGGAAGAAAUCUCCUGCAGAGUCAGAGAUUAGAUUCAUUCCAUGUAGCAGAAAUGCAAGCAGCUCAACUGAUCAUAGCAGGAAGAAGUUAUGCUCCUGAGAAUCAGCCACGGAGGAAAUUCAGCCAUUGGAGUUGUCUAGAACCAAAAAGAUGAACUUUUGAGAUGUAUCCUCUCAAUUCUACACACCAAAGCAUCUGUAUUUCAGCAAGUUCACCUCUCUGUACUGAGAUCACAUAGAGCCUGAACGAAAAAGAGUUCUAGAAAGGCAAAAACAUGGAAGUCUGUAUGGAGCCGUAGACUGUGUGUUAAUGAAAGGAAGGGUAUUAACACACUAAGAGCAGUGCUGUGUGGUUACAUAGCACAACCUAGGGACUUAAGGGUAAUACACGUUGAAAAUGACUGCAAGGGAAGUGGCCUCACAAGCAUUUUCAGUUAAACUAUAAAAAACACUCCCAUUGCUGUUGGGGGUUUGUAGUAAGUCGUCUCCUAACAGAGAGUAUGAGCAGUUUAAUUCUAGCCACUAGUGCUUCUAUUCAGAUUAUAGUUGAAGGUUUUUAAGCACUGAGCUGAAACGUAAUCAGUCAUUGACUUAUGAAGUGACCAGUACGGGUGACCACUUAAAAUUGCUGUUUUUAAUAUUGCACAUUAAAAUGUUUAAAAAUGUCA